AUGGAAGCUCUGUUACUGGCUUUACUUAUGCUUUUCUCACUUUCCAUAUCAAACACGUCCCUGGCAAAGAAUUUAGUUUCUAAAACACAAUCCCUUAAAUCUGGGGAUACCCUCGUCUCCAAAGGCGGAAUCUUUGAGAUGGGAUUUUUUAGCCCGACCAAUUCCUUAAACAGUUAUAUAGGCAUAUGGUACAGACAAGAUCCUAAGAAGACAGUGGUUUGGGUUGCAAGCAGAGAUCAUCCACUCACAAACACAUCUUCAGCAGCCUUGAAGAUCACCCUGGAAGGCCAACUCGCACUUGUAGCAGACAAUCAGUCUGUUUGGCAUGCAAAGUCAUCAAGAUCAGUGCAGAAUCCAGUUGCAGAGUUGCUGAAUUCUGGGAAUUUUGUGGUUAGAGAAGCAGAUGAUGAAAGCCCGGAGAAUUUCCUCUGGCAAAGUUUUGAUUAUCCCACGGAUCAUUACUUACCCGGAAUGAAAAUAGGAUGGAAUUUCCAGACUGGUCAUGAGGUUUUCAUCACAUCUUGGAAGAGCCAAGACGAUCCAGCUUCGGGGCAAUACACAUUUCACCUGGAUCCUACAGGGUAUCCACAAGUUGUGAUCAAGAAAGGACCGACCAAGAUUUAUGCCUCGGGGCCAUGGACUAAUUUGAGCUCAAUUCAAUCAGGAGGAAAGGACAGCAUUUUACCAUAUUGGCUAGUUAGGAAUAAAAGGGAGGUUUACAUGACAUAUGGUCUCAGUAAGGCCAUAAGUUCUUUAAGAUUUGUGCUUACCAGUAAUGGUCUUGUCAAAGGAUUUGUGUGGGAAGAUCAGACCAAAGAAUGGGAUAGUUUUUCAACGGCAUCAUUGGAUAAUUGUGACGCCUAUGGUGUUUGUGGGGGAAAUGGUUUCUGCAACGUGGAUGGUUUUCCUACUUGUGGGUGUUUGGAAAAGUUUGUGCCUAAUAACAAUGCCUCUGAGAAUUUGUCAUCACUGGGAUGCCAUAGGAGAAAGCCACUUAGCUGCCUGGUUGGGCCUUCAUCGGAUGGAUUCCAAAUCUAUUCUGGAAUCAAAUUGCCAGACACAAACAACUCUUGGUUUAACGAGUCUGUGAUUAAUCUGCAAGAGUGUGAACAAAUUUGCUUGAGGAAUUGUUCGUGCACCGCCUAUUCGAUUCUCAGCAAAAGAAAUGGAGGGAUUGGGUGUUUGAUUUGGUUUGGAGAUUUGAUUGGUAUUAGAUCAGUGUCUCCCAACCAGCAAGACAUGUACAUAUACAUCAGACUCGCUUCUUCAGAAGUAACAACAGGUCCAAAUCAUUCAAGCUCAAUGGGGAGGAAGACCAAAAUCAUUGUGCUUUGUUUGUUGCUGCCGGUUGUAAUAGUUCUUCUAGGGGUGUUGCUUUCUUGGUAUUUUUGCAGGAAUAAAAAGACAGAACAAAGGUUGGAGGAAGAAUUAGAGCUACCCAUGUUCGACUGGUCGACAAUGAUAAGAGCUACGAAUAACUUUUCAAACAAGAUAGGACAGGGUGGAUUUGGGGUAGUGUACAAGGGUGUUCUUGAUGGGGGAGAAGAAAUAGCUGUGAAGAGGCUAUCAAAAAAUUCUGUACAAGGACUACGAGAAUUUAAGAAUGAAGUCAGUUGUAUCGCCAAAUUACAACAUCGGAAUCUUGUGAAGCUUCUGGGGUGUUGCAUUAGUGGAGAAGAAAAGAUGUUGAUUUAUGAAUACAUGCCUAACAAAAGUUUGGACUUUUUCAUAUUUGAUCAAACAAGGAAAAAGUUGCUUGAUUGGUCAAAACGCUUCAACAUAAUUAAUGGAAUUGCGAGAGGAUUAUUGUAUCUCCAUCAAGAUUCUCGACUAAGAAUAAUCCAUAGAGAUCUCAAAGCAAGCAAUGUUUUGCUUGAUACUGAUUUGAACCCAAAGAUAUCAGAUUUUGGCUUGGCUAGAAGUAUAGUAGGAAAUGCAACCGGAGAUAACACAAAACGAGUUGCUGGAACACAUGGGUAUAUGUCUCCAGAAUAUGCCGGGCAUGGAAUCUUCUCCGUUAAAUCGGAUGUGUUUAGCUUUGGCAUUUCAGUACUUGAAAUAGUCAGUGGUAGGAGAAAUAAUGAGUUUAUCAAUGAAGAUCAAUACGUGACUCUUCCUGAACAUGCAUGGAAGCUUUAUAGAGAAGGAAAAUCAAUUGAACUGGCUGAUGAGCAUAUAGCUGGUUCAUAUGAUGUAGUUCAAGUGCUAAGGUCUAUCCAUAUCGGCCUUCUAUGUGUGCAACAAUCUCCAGAUGAUAGACCAGACAUGUCCUCUGUAGUUCAAAUGUUGGUUAAUGAUUUUGCAUUGCCUCGAGCUAAAGAGCCUGGCUUCUUUUUUGGCAAGGAAUAUCCUUCAGACACACAUUCAAAAAGUUCCCAAAAUGAAGUUACUAUUACGACGUUGAGUCCUCGUUGAAUGUAUAAUUUAGAUUUAUUUUAAAUUCAGUACAGAAAAAACUUAGAUAGUACGUAAAAGAUAUCCUAUGUUAGAUCAAUUGAUUCUCUUAUGAAUUUGAUUUGAAGUGCAGACAUCAAUAAGAAAUGUGAACAUUAUUUUUUGUAUA